GUUCUGGCUUUUACUCCGUGGCCUGCGUACCUGCGUACCCGUGUACGAAUUACACUGAAAGAUUAACUAACGUACAAACUACUCAAAUAAAAGACUACGAGUAUCUAUCGAAUCUCACUGUGUUACUCGUUCUUGUUAUUGCCCUUAUAGCCAUCUUACUGUUCUCCCUUGGCCAAUAAUGCUGUGUAAUAUAUGAGAGAGAUGAUUUUGUGUGUUGCCAGAAGCGUGCGCGCAUUCAUUAAGACUGACUAGUGUUAAUUAGACCCUCGUCGAUUCAACGUAAAAGGUGAUUGGUCCUUAUUGCUAGAAGUCAAUUUAUACGAAUAUAUUUAUAUUUUCAAACACCCAUAUCAGAGUGCAUUGUAAAUUUACUCGUGAAGUAUAACCCCCUUGUGCCUAUAGUCCUUAUAGUGCUAACGUCCUUUGUCGUUGUUCAUCGUCGUUCGCGUUGAGUGCCAGUGCCGUAUCUAGUGCCCGUUAGUAAUUCCAAUUAAACAAGAAGUAUCAAACGGUGAUAAAACAUCCAAGAUGCCUUGCUCAGCGGUAACUCUCUCGCUCGCCACGAUAACCGGGAUAAUCGCUACGGCUCUCCUGGCUAUAGCCUUCUCCACGGACAAUUGGCUCUACACGGAGGUCAAGCGUGCUCAAAUACAACAAUACGCCGCUAAGCAUGCCGAGCAGAGCCAUCUCGUCGAGCAGAUGAACACUAAAUAUUAUUAUUAUACGAGAACUCAGGGACUCUUCAGGAUAUGUUACCCGAAAGAACGACCACCUGCCGUGGAAACUUACCUCAGCCCCGUGGAAACUCAUUGCAUGAACAUCGAUUAUUUCAUUCCCGAUGAGGAAAAUCAAACGAGAGGCUUCUCCGAUGACGCAAUGGCGCGAUUACAUAUGGGACGUUCCGUCAUCGCUCUCUUCAUGGUUGGUUUCCUGGCGAUAUUCUCUGCCUUCUGGACCGGUGUUGUCGGCUGCUGGCGACGUUCACCUGGAAACAUCACUGCCACGGCAAUUCUGAUGCUCUUAGCCUGUCUACUUAGUGCCGGUGGCAUGGGACUGUGGCACGGCGUCGAGUAUUACGAGAAGGAGAAGAUCGUGGGCGAAGAAUAUUAUCAACAAUGGAGCAACGUCCUGAAGGACAACUCGCUAAUCUCGUACGACUGGUCGUACGUGGUGGCUUGGGUCGGCGUCGGUUGGUCACUCGUCAGCGCUAUAUUGUUUAGCGCCGCGGCCAUUUGCUUGAGGGGCGAAAGAAUGCGCGAGGAGGCUAUGAACAUGCAGUACCUCAUGCCUGUGUACCCGCAGAAACAGCAGUACGCGUAUGCCAGUUAUCCAGCACCUGCAGCUUAUCCGGGACCGUAUUAUCACGGUUCUCAAUACGGGCCAUACAAUUACUGAUUGUGCGCUUAUAACGCGCGUGAGAAGGAACAGAGGAAGUAAUCGAGGAAGUGCGAGCGAGACCGGUAGUCAACGAGAAUCAGAAAUCAGACCAGGAAGUCGUCCCAGGAGUAAAAGAAUAAAGAAGAGAAGCGCGUUGCGCCAAGGAAGCAAAAUCGUUCUUGGAAAUAUAUGAGUAUAUUAUGAAACAAGGGAAUAAAUGCUAACCGUGUUUAUUCACUUAUGACACAACGAAUACUUGUACUGAUAGAUGAAGGACAGAUGCAGGAUGGCUGACGGGUUCGAGUUAUCCCGGUUACUAGAAUAUCAAGGCCCAAAUCAUGCCCACUCGACGCCAGGCCCUGUGCAGUAAUACACAGUUUCUUACGGAUUCGUAAAAAUCUCGUCAGCGGAAUUAUCAAAAAAUAUUAAACAAUUGGCUCUAAUGUUAUUUAUCGUUGUUGUACUUUUAUUAUUAUUGUUGUUGUUAUUCUUAUUACACUUCUGUGUCUCCUUGAAUGUUGUGACUGAAACUUUGCGCGAUACGGGAAACCUGGAGGACUUCCGGACAGUGAUGUAAUCGUGGCGACCUCUUGUGCAUGGUGUCGCCACCGUAGAGUGUGGCCUAGUUUGGGUCUUGUUAAUAAUUGUGUGCGUGUGUAUUUUCUUUUUGUUUUGGAAAACAACGUGAGAUUGGAACGAAAAAGCGUACAUCGAAUUAUUUUAUAUAUAAAUAUUGUCCGCGCGGAGGCGGCUGCUCAAAAAAAAAAAGACAGUAGAAUGAAAAGGAGGUGGCGAGAAAAUUUUUUUUAUUAAAAUGCAAUAUUUAUAUACUCGUUCGGUAUUGCGACGAGAUUUAAUUUUAUACAUAUUUUUUUAACGUAUAAUCUAAUAUUUCAUCUCUUCUAUCUUACUUUUUUUUUUGUAUCGUGCUAAUAAUUAUCGUACAAGGGACAGUGUAACUUUUGUGUGUAGCAUAUCAGACGGAUUGUACCUCGAAAGUGGGAUGCGUUGGUAGAAAAAUCCCAUGUUAUCAUCGAUCAUCUAUUAUACAAUUAAUAAUUUUGUCGUCAGUUACUCCCAAGAAAAUGUAAUGUUACGUGUGACGCACACAUUCAUUCGAACGUGUCCUCCAUUUAUAUAACUGGCACAUGUAAUUAACGUGUACGUACGUAUAAUAUUGUGUUUGCUGGGCUACCUUCCAGUCAUCCGUCAUGAAGAAUUUCGUUCUAAACAUUCAUCUACUCUUAUCAUCUCAUUAAUAACCUUAUCCGGUAUUUUUGAUACGUGGAUAUAUGUUUUCUAUGCGAAGCAAUCAACAGGCGGCAACAGCUACAACAACGACAAUACGUCCCUGUCGCAAUAUGACUGUCAGGCUCUAACAAUAAGCGAAAGCGACGAGAAGAAAAUGUAUAAAUUUUCUUACGUAUAUAUUAAAAGACCCUGAAGAUUU